AAUAACAAUUCAGUUGGGAAGUACCACCGAUUACCGAAGCAAACACAUCCCCAGUUCCCACAAAUCCCAUCACAAUAAAUUGAGGCACAAUCUUGAAAAAUGAAAUCCCAAUCAAAUGAAAACCAAACGGCUUUAGUUGAAGGCAAUAGAAUAAAAUGAAAAAAAAAUCCAAAUCCAAAAACCCAGUCUCCAAUAAAUAAACCGAAGCAAAAUUGCAAUUUUGAGAAAUCUCUGCUUCCACGCCGACCUAAAUUUUCAAUUGUCGUCAACAAAAUUACAUCCGCGUUUACUGCAAUUCGACAGGGAUGGCAGAGGUGGAGCAGCCGGAGUCGCCGCCGCGGCCAUUUCCCGCGAGGUCACCGGAGUUUCCGCGCGAUCAGUUUCAUGCAGAUCGUUUCUCGCCGAUGUAUAAUGGCGCCUCCACGAUGCAUAAUGGCACCACCUCUACGAAUGCAGACGAUCCUAAGUCGUGCUUUAUUGCUUCGACCACAUUCUCGUUUUUUGUAGCCAUAACUAUGGCGUUUGGACUGUAUUCCCCUGAGAAUUUGCGUCUUGGACCUAAUGCAUCUAUAUUGAUACAGCCCAACACCUUGUUUGUGGAGUCCAUAGAGGUGGUUGAAGUUGGUGCAGCCAAAAGUUCGAUGUUAUUUGGAUUUUAUGAAGCUCCAGCCCUUGAUGUUAUGGUUACAUGGCAGGAGACUCACAAGAUCUCUCUGCCUUCCAAUACCCACAAGGAAUGGGUGCAUUAUUUGAAUGAAGGAUCUCAAAUUAAUGUAUCUUAUAGUGUUUCCUCAUGGGGCUUCUCUUCUAUAGGUCUUAUAAUUGCUAAAGCAGGGAAUGCUGAACUUGCUGAGUGGCUUAAAGACCCAUCAUAUCCAGAUACAACCUUUUCAUGGAAUAUAAUUCAUGUUAUUGUUGCAGGAAAUGGCUCAAUUCAGAAGGAUAUCUUGAAAUCUUCAGCAUAUUACACUGGAGUUGGUAACUUGAAUCCUGAAAUUUUCAUGGUUGAUUUAAAUAUGUCAAUUAAGGCAUCUAUGUACGACACGACAAAACCAUAUUACAAGUGUAGACCUGCAGAGGGUAGAUGCACUUUCCCACUGUCUUUCAUGGGUGCAAAUGCAGCUGUUCUUACAUCUCCUGGUCGAGUUCCUGGUAUGGUCAACGGUAAUUGUUAUGUCAAAAUUUCAUAUGGACCUCGUUGGAUUGCGUAUGUCGUUGUAGCAGGUGGGUUGAUUCUUCUAAUGCUACUCUUCAACUACUUCACGAACCACCUCCGGCGCACCGAGCAAGACAUGCCAAGCGAUCCGCCUGGUGGCAUUGGAUCUGAGAGAAACCCAUUGCUUUUGCGUAAAGAUGAUGACACCUCUGCCUCAGAGGAUGGAGAUCAUGAAGAUGAUGCACAAGCUGGUGUUGAAGCAAACCCAGUCAAAGGUGAUGAAGAUCGCGGCCAUACUUGUGCUAUUUGCUUCGAAGCUCCCAAGGAUUGUUUCUUUAUUCCAUGCGGACACUGUGUAGCUUGUUUUGGAUGUGCAAAUAGAAUAGUGGAAACUUCAGCAACCUGCCCUAUUUGCCGGCGGAAGACCAAAAAGGCAAAAAAGAUAUACACUGUUUGAACAGUGCUGGAGCCUCUGUUGUGCUUAUACACUACAAUUAGGGUCUCAAAUAUGUUAACUACAACUCCAAUUGCUCCCAUGAGCUCAAGUUUUCUUCCCCACAGCUUGUAACAAAAGAAGCAACUUAAGGAAGUAGUAGGAUGCACCACCAAUUGUGACAUACUCCAACUUCUCACUACCUUCGACUGUCGGAAAAUCGCCAUCGGUUACCCAGGGCUGAGUGAAUCCACCUGUGAGUCACCACAAGUUUUUGUAUCCUCCUUUAUGCAGUUUUGUAAGUUUCCAAAUCAUUUUGAUUCUCUGAACUGAAUAUGAUGCAAUUAUAUCUUUGAGUCUUUAUUCU